AUGGCGGCUGGAGGUUUACACAGUUCUGUGUUUCUCGUCAUGGUAUCGGGACAAAUUGAAUCAGCAAAGUUUCCAGAAUUUGACGAUCUGUAUUGCAAGUUUGGGUUUGUUUAUGGUCAAGAUUGGGUCGUUACUUCCGGCUGGGAAGAAGGUAUAUCACAAGUAACGAAAAAGAGUAUGGACAGACGGCAAACUGUAGUUUGGAACUUUCCUCUCGAUAUCACAUUUAAAAGCACUAGCCCUUUCGGAUGGCCUCAGUUGGUUAUCAGCUGUUAUGGUUUGGAUGUUUUUGGCCAUGAUGUUGUGCGAGGAUAUGGUGCUGUUCAUGUCCCCACAUCUCCUGGAAGGCACACAAGAGAAAUACCAAUGUUUGUUCCAGAGUCUUCAUCAAAGUUGCAGAAAUUUACUAGCUGGUUCCUUGGAAGAAGACCAGAAUUUGUAGAUCCCAAAGUGGUUGCCCAAGGCGAAGGACGAGAAGUAACAAGAGUAAGAUCACAAGGAACUGUAAAAGUAACCUUCAACAUUGUCACAAGAGAUAUGAAGAAGCUAGGGUAUGACACAGAGGCAACUAGUGUAUCGAUUCCACAUAUUUCAAGUUCAUCUGGUGGUGGAAAUACCAUUAGACCUGAAAUGACAACAGGGACUGGAGGAGAAAGCCAUUCUUAAACUGAUGUGUGUAAAUACAUAUAGAAAGAAAUACUUGUAUUAUAUAUUUAUGCUGUACAAAAUAUAAGAUAUUGUAAUAAAAACUUCAAGUUUUAA